AUGCACAGCGUUUGGUCUCACACGAACGAAUGCAGCAGCCCGGAGGCUUUAUACAACCUGUCAACCAUGGUGCUGUCGUUCGUAGUGAUGGAUUAUCCCGACACGACAGAGAAUAAGGAGAAUCGAAAUCGUUGGAAGAUCAUUUUGUUAGCGUCAGAAAGAGGCAGAUCUCAAACAUCGCAUCUAGGGCAGUUCAUGGAAAUAAUUCUGACCGGAGAUGAAUCUGAAGUAUUUCAAGAAUUAGUGAAGCAUCUUGAAAUCAUGGAAAGAAAGAAUGGAGAUGAAAUCAAUGCGGAUGGCAUGGAGAUGGACGAGAAGGAAAGCCUGGUAUCACAUUUUGAUGGUGUAGACCCGUCGAUGAUCGAACGGUUGCACGUGUGCUAUAUUGCCAACCAAAAGGGUUACUUGAAGAAGAAAAAACCUUGA